AUGACUGGCGCCACUCUGCGAGACGGCCAGGCAGACCUGCCGUCAGAGAGGAGCACGGCAUCAUACUGGCAUCGCGAACCCUCAGAGAAGCUCCUGGGCCACCGGACGACGGCUGAGCUCCCCGCCACGGCCGAUGUCGUCAUUAUCGGCAGCGGCAUCACAGGAGCAUUCGCCGCGCAUUUUCUCAAAGAGGCCAAUGCGGCAUCAGACGUGCUGAUGCUCGAGGCGAGGGAAGCAUGCUGGGGUGCCACAGGCAGAAAUGGUGGGCACUGCCAGCCAAGCGUCUACGGCCUCAGUACGGCCGUGGCGCGCUUCGAGCUCAACACGUACGCCUUCCUGCGCGACCUCGUGGCCGAGCACGACGUCCCCUGCGACUGGGUCUCCUUUCCCGGUGUCCACGCCUUCUACACGCCCGACCUCUUCGCCGCCGCCGCUCUGCGCAUCGCCGACCUCGGCAGGGCGCACCCGGACCUGGCUGCCAAGGCGCGCGUCGUGCGCUCGGCCGCCGAGCUGGCGGCACUCGGGGUCCACGGCGCCGUCGGCGCCGUCGUGCAGGCGGACGCUGCGAGCCUGUGGCCGUACAAGCUCGUGUGCUGGGUGCUCGAGAGGCUGCUGGCCCAGGGCGCGGGGUUCAACCUGCAGACGGGCACGGCGGCGACGCACCUACAGAGGCUCGAGGGGCCUGACGACAACGACGGUGGCGGCGGCGAGACCGCGCUCCGGUGGAUCGUGCAUACGCCCAGGGGGCAGGUCGCGGCGAGAAAGGUGCUGCUGGCGUGCAACGGGCACACAUCGCGGCUGGUGCCGGCGUUUUCGGACCUGCUGGUGCCGGUGCGCGGGCAGGUCGCGGCCCUCAUGCCGGGGCCGGGGCAGAGGGCGCUCGAGCACAGCUAUGUGUUCAUGGGGGUGCCGCGGAAGGGGCCGAGCCAGGACGACUAUCUCGUGCAGAGGCCCAAAGGGCGAGAGGAGCUGAUCCUCGGCGGUGGGCGAUCUAGGGGCACGGCGCGCGGCGUGGGUGCCAGCGCGGAUGACUGGCUCGAUCCCGUCGUCGCCAGCUACCUACGACAGACGCUCGGGGCAACGACGGGCAUCGCGGAGGGGGAGCUUGCGGCGACCUACGAGUGGACGGGUAUCAUGGGGUACUCGAGAGACUUCCUGCCGUGGGUUGGGGAGGUGCCGAAGGCGCUGGGCGGCGACACGGGGCUCUGGGUGGCGGCAGGUUAUACGGGGCAUGGGAUGCCGCGGGCGGCGCUGUGUGCAAAGGCUGUGGUGGGCAUGAUGAACGGGCAGGAGCUGGAGGUAGCCGAGGCGGUCGGGCUGCCUCACGAAUUCCUGGUCAGCGAAGAGAGAGCGGCGCGGGCGAGGGAGAUGGACAAUGUGACAGUGGCGGAUCUGAAGGACAUGUUCGUCUGA